AUGUCUAUGACAAUUCAAAGCUUCAUUCGAUGUAUGCAUAAUUAUGUAAGACCUAUUCUGCAACCAGCAACUGUCUCCAAUCUAAGUACAGAGCUACCGACUAAUAGUUACAUAAUACUGUUGUGUAAGCAACAGUAUUACAAGGAAGCGCUUGAAGUGUUUGAUAUUCAUCUAAAGAAUCCAAAUUUCCAUCUUGAACCAAGCACGUAUACAAGUUUAGUUUUGGCUUGCGCCAACUCUAGAUCACUUGAAUACGCAAAGAAAAUCCAUGAUCACAUUUCAAAAUCCAGCUGCCAACCAAGCAUGAUUCUCCAAAAUCAUAUUAUUAAUAUGUAUGGAAAAUGUGGUUCUAUGAAGGAUGCUAGAGAAGUUUUUGACACAAUGCAGCUACGAAAUGUGGUCUCUUGGACUUCAUUGAUCUCCGGAUACUCACAGAACAAUCAAGAGAACGAUGCCAUCGUCAUGUAUAUUCAAAUGAUGCAAUCAGGUCAAUUUCCGGACCAGUUAACCUUUGGAAGCAUAAUUAAGGCUUGCUACAUUGCCGGGGAUAUAGGUUUAGGUAGGCAACUGCAUGCUCAUGUCAUUAAAUCAUGGUUUGGUCAUCACUUGAUUUCCCAAAAUGCUCUUAUUUCAAUGUACACAAAUUUUGGACAUAUCACGGAUGCGUCAAAUGUAUUUACAAUGAUUUCUACAAAGGAUUUAAUUUCUUGGGGUUCCAUGAUUACGGGAUAUACUCAACAAGGUUAUAGGAUAGAAGCUUUAUAUCUUUUCCGAGAUAUGCUCAGGCAGGGUGUAUAUCAGCCAAAUGAGUUCAUCUUUGGCAGUGUUUUCAGUGCUUGCAGCAACCUUUUUGAACUAGAGUAUGGAAAGCAAGUACAUGGAAUGUGCACUAAAUUUGGUUUAGGCAGGAACGUUUUUGCUGGAUGCUCCCUUUGCGACAUGUAUGCGAAAUUCAGCUUUUUACCUUCGGCAAAGACGGCAUUCUAUCAAAUUAAAAGCCCUGAUAUAGUGUCAUGGAAUGCAAUUAUUGCAGCAUUUGCUGACAAUGCUGAUGCUAAUGAAGCCAUAGAUUUUUUCCGUCGGAUGAUGCAGACGGGACUCAUCCCAGAUAGUGUUACUUUUAUUUCCUUACUUUGUGCUUGUGGGAGCCCCACGACAUCUAACCAGGGCAUGCACAUUCAUUCUUACAUUGUCAAAAUCGGUUUCGAUAAGGAAGUAACCGUAUGCAACUCCUUGUUAACCAUGUACACAAAGUGCUCAGAUCUAUAUGAUGCAUUGAAUGUUUUCAGAGAUGUAAGUGGCUAUGCCAACUUAGUUUCAUGGAAUGCAAUUCUUUCAGCAUGCUUGCAGCACAAGCAAGAAGGAGAAACUUUCAGAUUAUUUAAACAAAUGCUUUUUUCAGAAAAUAAACCUGACAGUAUCACCAUAACUACUCUAUUAGGAACUUGUGCUGAGCUGACAUCUCUAGUUGUCGGAAAUCAAGUGCAUUGCUUUAGUAUUAAAAGUGGGCUAGUGCUUGAUAUCUCUGUGUGCAAUGGAUUGAUUGACAUGUAUGCAAAAUGUGGAUCACUUAAACAUGCUCGCGACGUUUUUGAUUCAACGCAGAGCCUAAAUAUUGUCUCAUGGAGUAGUUUAAUUGUUGGUUAUGCUCAGUUUGGACUUGGACAUGAAGCUCUUUAUCUCUUUAAAGUUAUGAUAAAUCUUGGCAUUCGGCCUAACGAGGUCACAUAUCUCGGGGCUCUCAGCGCGUGCAGUCACAUUGGAUUAGUGGAGGAAGGCUGGUGUUUAUAUAAAUCCAUGGAAACAGAAUACGGAAUUCCACCAACAAGAGAACACUUCUCUUGCAUGGUUGAUUUGCUUGCUCGCGCCGGAUGCUUGCAUGAAGCAGAGAGUUUUAUUCAGAAAUCGGAAUUUGACCCUGACAUUACUACUUGGAAAACUCUACUUGCUGCUUGUAAAACUCAUAAUAAUAAAGUAGAAAUUGCAGAGAGAGCUGCAGAAAAUAUACUAAAACUCGAUCCUUCCAAUUCUGCUGCAAUGGUGAUGCUUUCUAACAUACAUGCUUCUGCUGGUAAUUGGGAAGAUGUUGCUAAACUAAGGAACUUAAUGAAACAAAUGGGUGUACAAAAGGUACCUGGUCAAAGCUGGAUAGAAGUCAAGGAUAAGAUCCAUAUAUUCUUCUCUGAAGAUAGCUCACAUUCACAAAGGAGCAACAUUUACACAAUGCUUGAAGAGUUAUGGCUGCAGGUGCUAGAUGAUGGCUAUGAUCCUUGCCAGAGGUUAGAUAUUAGCCUUUGGUAG